CGUCAAUAUUUAUAACAAGCUGCGAAUUUCUACAUCACAUCAGUUUUCUAAUAAUAUCUGUCUAAAAUUAUUUUUACUAUUUGGUAGAAACUAAAAAAACUACCUCAUCACGAUGAAAAUAAUAUUUCUUUGUCUGAUUACACUCGUUGGUAUUGGUAGCUUAACCGCUCAAAAUGGUGGAAUGUCCUUUGGAAUGCAGGGAGGAUUUGGUGGACAAAACGGUUCAAGUGGGCAAGGAAGGUCAGGUGGGCAAGGUGGACAAGGUGGUCAAAGUGGAGGAAUGGGAAUGUCAGGACAGGGAGGACGAAGUGGAGGAAUGGGAAUGUCCUUCGGUAUGCAGGGUGGAUCAAAUGGCUUAAGUGGUCAAGGUGGUCAAAGUGGGGGACAAGGAGGACCAAGUGGAGGAAUGGGAAUGUCAGGACAAGGUGGUCAAAGCGGAGGAAUGUCAAGACAAGGUGGUCAAAGUGGAGGAAUGGGAAUGUCCUUCGGUAUGCAGGGUGGAUCAAAUGGCUCAAGUGGUCAAGGUGGUCAAAGUGGGAGAAUGUCAGGACAAGGUGGUCAAAGUAGAGGAAUGUCAGGACAAGGUGGUCAAAGUGGGGGAAUGUCAGGGCAAGGAGGACGAAGUGGAGGAAUGGGAAUGUCCUUUGGAAUUCAGGGUGGCUCAAACGGCUCAAGUGGUCAAGGAAUGUCUGGUCAAAGCGGAGGACGAGGAAUGUCAGGAGGGCCAGGUGGACAGGGUGGGCAAAGCGGUGGAUUCAGUAUGCAGGCUGGUGGUUCUGGUGGCAUGAGAGGAGGUCGAAACUAAAACCAAAAUAUUAUAUUCACAGCUCUUAACUAUUAUAAUAUUGGCUGUAGAAAAACUUAUAAAUUAUAAUAAAGAUCAUUGAAAUUUAAUAAAGAGAAUUUAAUUUCGUCAAA